AUGAAUCCUGCCAUCCGUCCGGGCAAUCGCUCCGAUGAGGAGCUGUUUCUCAACACCACCGGGCAACCGCGGGCGGAAUCCCCGGUCGUUGAGCCAUUGCGCAUUAACAAACGCGACACCCCUUCGCCUGCUGCACAGAGCAAUCCUCUCCCCUAUCCCGACGACCGUCCACGCCCACACCAGAUGCGCUCCUCCAGCUCCAGCAGCUCGAGUCCUACCGCCGACCCGGGUCGCUCAGCGGGGUCACCGAGGCCCACCGAGUACCCUGCCGCGCUCCGGCCGCGAGAUGGCCGUGAACCGAAGCCGGCCACGCUGGCGGAGCGUCGAGGAAACAUACCCAAGCCGCUUCCAGAGUCCCCCGCCAGCGACGGCCCGGACCGAGAGGGGCUCUUUGCGAGGAAAUACCAGCGUGGUCCGGCGCCCCCUCCCGCGGUGACUGGGGCACAGUUGGAUGGGAAUAACUAUACCGACUACCGUCAGCAGCAGUACUGGCCGCCGCCCCAGCCUUUGAGCUCUGCUGGACCCUCCGCGAGCCAGACCCUGCAACCGCCCAACAACGCCAUCAAUCGCAUUAGCUCCACCGCAUCCACCUCCACCACGCGAGCCCAGCGAGGCUCUCCCCCACCCCCGGAGACCCCCAUCGUCGAACCCGGUCACCCGCCGGCCUCGGAUAUCGAGGCGCGAUAUGCUGCCUCGGGCAUCGCGGGCACCUCGACGCUCACCGGCUUACAGGCUCAGAGCGCCGCCGCGCAGCGACGAGCAGAACAGUAUGCCGGCCAGCAGCCCCGGAACCCGGUGCAGAGGCCGUGGACGCCGACCGAACAGCCGGGCUCGCAACCCCACGGCCCACCCACAGUGUACCAGGGAGCAGAGGUAGUAUCCGAUGGCCCUGCGCCGAACACGCUCGCCGCAAACAAACCUGCGGCCGCCGCCGCCUCCCCACCGCCGCCGGCUCAGCAUCCGGCGAGAAUCCCGCAAAAUGCGCUGGAGCAGGACCUCGAGCGCAUGCGCAUUAGCUCGUCGCCUCCGCCGGCGUACUCCAGCGUCUCUGGACCGGCCGCUUCGCAGGGAUAUCCGAAUGAGAAGCAGCGCAUGCCGGCGUCGACCGCUCCGCCGGUGUCGGCAGGCGCUCAUCCUGCUAUGGCGGCGCCUGCUGCUGCUGCCAGUGCUGCUGCAAUGCCUGUCACUGCGGUGCAGGAACAUCCGGCGUUUGCGAAUGACCCGGCGCUUCAGCAGCCUCUCCGGCAGUCGCCGGUAAAUAAUGCGCAGAAUGGCCUCCCGCAGGAGCCACAGCAGCAGGUCCAACAAGCCCAGGUCGGCACCCUUCCGCCCGCCUCUGGUGUCCCUCCUGCGUCGCCUCCGCCGCUCCCAGAGGGCUGGAUCGCCCAUCUCGACCCGAACUCGGGGCAGUACUACUACAUCCACCUGCCCACGCAGUCGACGCAGUGGGAGUUCCCGAAGGGGCCGACGCCGUUGAACCUCAACGAGACCCCCCUGUCGCCGGUAGGAAGUGUCUACAGCAGUCAUCCGCUUACGUCGCCGGGGCUGUCGGCGUUCGGGAAGCCGAUGGCUUCGCCGGGGCUGCCCAUGACACCAGGGUAUGAGAGUCUGCAAUCGCCAGUCGCAGCGGGAUUCACCGGCCCGCCUCCGAGCAGCGGCGUCGACCUGUAUAAAGUGGCGCCCACCAAUGGAGUCUACUUCGGACCGUAUCUCCGUUACACCAACAUGGAUAUCGAGCGAGGUCUGUGGCUCGGGUCCAUCCUGCUGGUGACGGAUGCGGCCCAGCCGCCGACCAUCCACAUCCACCAGAGCGUCGACCUGUCGCCCAACCCUCGCCAGCUGAAGGCGUUCCCAAUUGCGGUCCAUCGACGAUGGACGUUCUACAAGUACGAGGUUGACCUGCGGAUGGAGGAGUCGGGCCCCGCCAAAUGGACGUACGCGAUUACCUCGCACCUCGGCUGCACGCGCUACGAGUUUCUAGUCGCUGGACGAUACGAAACAAACUGGCGGUUCAUCGCCACCUCCGGCAACGACUUCUCUUUGAACGUGAACGCUAACGAGCGGUCCCGGCUGGGUGGCGUGGGGUUCAUGUGGAAAGACAUCAUGCAGAAGCACAACGAGAUUGGCGGGUUCCAUGCGCAGCUGUGUCUGGGCGGCCAGAUCUACGCGGAUCGCAUGUGGAAGGAAAUCGCCUCCCUCAAGCAGUGGCUGGCGAUCAGCGGAAAAGACGCCCGGAAGAAUGUGCCUUGGACGGCGGCCCACGAGGAAGACGUGUCGCAUGCGUACUUCCAUUACUACACGAGCCACUUUGACCAGCCAUACCUGCGGGAGUCGUUUGCGCAGAUCCCCUACGUCUGUCAGCUGGAUGACCAUGAUAUCUUCGAUGGCUUCGGCUCAUACCCCGAGCACAUGCAGUUCUCGAACAUGUUCAAGAACAUCGGCCGCAUCGGCAUCGAGAUGUAUCUGCUCUUCCAGCACCACACCACGCUGGAUAUCCUCCGCAACGUCAGCACCGACACGGACCUGUUCACCAUCACCGGCACCGGCUGGCAUUUCGUCAAGUAUCUCGGUCCUGCGGUGGUGGUCGUCGGGCUGGACUGUCGCUCUGAGCGGAACCCUCACCAGGUCGUCGCCGGCCCGACCUACCAAGGCAUCUUUCCCAAAGUGGCCAUGCUGCCGCCGUCCGUGCAGCACUGUCUGUGGAUGAUCUCCGUGCCCGUGGUGUACCCGCGGCUGGAGACGGCUGAGCACAUCGCCCACACCGUGGCGUCUGGCAAGCGGGCCGUCACCGGCGCCUACAACGUCCUGGGCAAGGUGACCAGCUCGGUGGCUGGGGUCGUCGGCGCCAAAGAGGUGGUCGGGUCAGGUCCAUUCGGCGAGUUUGACCUGAUGGACGAGCUGCGCGAUCAAUGGACGCACGAGUCGAAGGACCUCGAACGCACAUACCUCAUCCGCACGCUCCAAGGCAUCGCGCACCAAAAGUCGCUAAGAAUGACCUUCCUCUCCGGCGCCGUCAACGCCUGCGGCGCCGGCCUCGUCCACGACCCAGCCCACCCCUCCGACCACAAAACCAUGUACCAGCUCAUCUCGUCGUCCGUCGUGAACAGCCCGCCGCCCAGCUACAUCCUCAAACUGCUGCACGGCAGCAACAAGCCCAUCUACAUCCCGGCCAACGGGCACCGCUCCACGCCGUCCCAGCCUACCGAUACCAAGGAAGACAUGAUGGAGAUCUUCCAGUCGGAUGUGACGGGGCAGAGCCGCGAGCACCGGAAGUUGAUGGGGCGGCGCAACUAUGUGGCAAUCGUGGCGUAUGACCCGGACCUGGUCUCGACGUUCGGGCAGCACCAGGGCCAUGGCGGGAAGCUGAACCUUGCGGCGGAUUUUAUGGUGCAGGGCGAGGGGGCGUAUGGGAAUGUGGUGAAGUUUGGGCCGGUCAUUGUUCCGAGUUUGGGGUGA